AUGUCCUCCAAGUCGCAAUUGACCUACGGCGCCCGUGCCAAGUCGCACCCCAACCCCCUCGCGCGCAAGCUCUUCCAGGUCGCCGAAGAGAAGAAGAGCAAUGUGACCGUCUCCGCCGACGUGACCACCACCAAAGAACUCCUCGAUCUCGCUGAUCGUAUGACUCCCCUAAACUUCUCAGGUUCCUCAAACCCUCACCUAACACCCACAGGCCUGGGCCCCUACAUCGCCGUGAUCAAAACCCACAUCGACAUCCUCUCGGACUUCAGCCAAGCGACGAUCGACGGACUCAACGCUCUCGCCGCUAAGCACAACUUCCUUAUCUUCGAAGACCGCAAGUUCAUCGACAUCGGCAACACCGUCCAGAAGCAAUACCACAACGGCACCCUCCGCAUCUCCGAAUGGGCCCACAUCAUCAACUGCUCCAUCCUGCCGGGUGAGGGCAUCGUCGAAGCGCUCGCCCAAACCGCCCAAGACCCCUCCUUCCCCUACGGCUCCGAGCGCGGCCUCCUCAUCCUCGCGGAGAUGACCUCCAAGGGCUCCCUCGCUACCGGCUCUUACACCUCUGCCUCCGUCGACAUCGCCCGCAAGUACCCCAGUUUCGUGCUGGGCUUUGUGUCAACCCGCUCGCUGGGCGAGGUCGACGCGAGCGUUGCGCCCGCGCAGGAUGAGGACUUCGUUGUCUUCACCACGGGCGUCAACCUUUCCUCCAAGGGCGAUAAGCUCGGCCAGCAGUAUCAGACUCCACAGUCGGCGGUCGGCCGUGGUGCCGAUUUCAUUAUCUCCGGUCGUGGCAUCUACGCCGCGGCCGACCCGGUCGAUGCUGCCAAGCAGUACCAGCAACAAGGCUGGGAUGCGUACCUGGCCCGUGUUGCGCAAUAG